AUGACACAGUGUUUCUUGGUCAUCGUCUGUCUGAGUUUCGUCCUUUGCGAACCUCCCCCACAAUAUCUUCCGCCGAAUGGUUCUUACGGACCACCUGGUUUCCAACCGGGCACACCCAUCGGGCCCGGCGGCAAUGGUGAUGGCAAUGGUUAUAGCGGAGGGCCACCCCUGAGCAACGGCGGUGGGCCUUCCAAUUCUUAUUUACCACCCGCAAACGGCAAUGGAAAACCGAACGGAAAUGGUAACGGUGGAAAUGGAAACGGUGCGCCCAUCUCGACUUAUGGUUUACCGACAAAUGGAAAUGGCAACAGUAACGGCAAUGGAAAUGAUGGCAACGGUGCACCACCAAGUUCUAGCUAUGGUGUACCAAGCAAUGGUAAUGGAAAUGGCAACGGUAAUGGAAAUGGGUCUCCGCCAAGUUCUAGUUAUGGUGUACCAAGCAAUGGUAAUGGAAAUGGCAACGGAAAUGGUAACGGAAAUGGAAAUGGGUCUCCGCCAAGUUCUACUUAUGGUGUACCAAGCAAUGGUAAUGGAAAUGGACACAGAAAUGGUAACGGCAACGGAAAUGGUUCUCCAAGCUCGAGCUACGGUCCUCCAACCAACGGAAAUGGAAAUGGUUACCCAAGAAACGGAAAUGGUAACGGAAACGGAGCUCCUCCAAGCUCUAGUUAUGGUCCACCAAGAAAUGGCAAUGGAAACGGCAACGGUUAUCCAAAGAACGGUAAUGGAAAUGGAAAUGGAGCUCCUCCAAGCUCUAGAUAUGGUCCACCAAGCAAUGGUAAUGGAAACGGCAAUGGUUAUCCAACGAAUGGUAAUGGAAAUGGAAACGGCAAUGGUUAUCCAACGAAUGGUAAUGGAAAUGGAAACGGCAAUGGUUAUUCAAAGAAUGGUAAUGGAAAUGGAAACGGCAAUGGUUAUUCAAAGAAUGGUAAUGGAAACGGAAACGGAAAUGGUGCUCCCAGCUCGAAAUACGGGCCGCCAUCCAAUGGAAACGGAAACGGUAAAAACGGCAACGGAAACGGUAUCCCAAGCUCCAGCUACGGUCCUCCAACCAACGGAAAUGGAAAUGGUUACCCAAGAAAUGGCAACGGCAAUGGCAACGGAAACGGAAACGGAAACGGCAAUGGUAAUGGCAACGGAAACGGCAAUGGCAAUGGUAACGGAAACGGCAAUGGAUCUCCAAGCACAAGUUAUGGUCCACCAUCCAAUGGAAAUGGUUAUUCCAAAAACGGAAACGGCAAUGGAAAUGGUAACGGAAACGGUAAUGGUAAUAGUUACUUGCCGCCCUCUGGAAAUUACGGUCCACCAAAGAACGGUGGAGGAGGAGCACCACCACCACCAGUUUAUGGACCACCCGGAGCAGGAAACGAUGAGGAUGCGAAAUAUCAAUUCGAAUGGGCAGUUAAGGAUGAUGAAAGUGGCAACGACUACGGCCAGAAGGAGCAGAGGGAUGGCGACAAAGUGACAGGAGAGUACAACGUCCUUCUUCCCGAUGGCAGGAAACAGACUGUCGAGUACGAGGCGGACCAAGAUGGUUACAAACCUAAAAUCACCUAUCAAGAUACCGGAAAAGCGAUCGGAAGCGGGAAAGACAACGGUGGCUACCAGUACUAAAACCGGACACGACCUAUCGCUGCUCACAGGGUACGUGAUGGCCGCCUACGCAAAUCUCGAACCCCACAUAUUUGUUGUUGCGAGGGAAAAUGAAUGAGGAAACAAAACCCACUCAACUUUAGCUCAAAUAACACAUCCUCCUUAUCCUGUUAAUUAUGGAAUUAACGUCCCACUUUGUAAAUACUCUUCUUAAUAAUUUAUUUAAUAAGUAGUCGUUAGUAGGAAUUCUUCACUUCAC